GCCGAGAGCCGCCACCCGCCACCAGGCAUUCCACCGGGUGCCACGCUCCGACGGCACGGGAGAAGACGUUCGCCGUUCAUCGAGUUAGUCGAGCUCUGACGCCAGUCGUGAGCGGUCGUAGAUCCCGCGAGAUUUAACAGAGGAGAGAAGAGCAAAAGGGUGAAUAAUACUCUUUCGUCACACAUCUCCUUCGUCGGUUCGUCGUUGGUCUCACAUUCGUACCGCGAUUCCUUCGAUCAUUCCGUCAUCUGGAUUGAUCGACGAUCGAGGGGAGACAUCGAUCGACAGGAUUGUUGGAUUAUCAGUGAAGUGAUCGAUUCGCAUAGUGCUUGAUCAUCGAGAAAAGAUUAUUCGAUUUGGAAUUCUGUGUUACAAGAAGUAAAGUAAAUAAUGGUGGUAAAUAAUGGAGUGGGUGCCACGAUGCCGACGGGCGUCGUCACCGUCAGCGCUACACCACCCGCGCAACACGUGCCCCAGGAGGCUGGUCAACCACCGGUACAAACCACCCCGACGGCUACGACUACGAGGAGAACGGGAGAAAAUCGACGGAGCAAUAAACCCAUUAUGGAGAAAAGACGACGGGCCCGUAUUAACAAUAGUUUAAAUGACUUGAAAACUCUCGUGUUGGAAUCUAUGAAAAAAGACCCAGCAAGACACUCGAAGCUCGAGAAGGCUGACAUUCUGGAACUGACCGUGAAGCAUUUAGAGACCCUGCAACGACAGCAAAUCGCUAUGGCCGCCGCAGCAGAUCCGACCAUCCUCAACAAAUUUCGCGCCGGUUACACGGAGUGUGCCAGCGAAGUUGGCAAAUUUCCCGGUCUGGACGCUUCGGUGAGGAGACGUCUGAUGUCCCAUUUGGCCUCGUGCCUGGGUUCAGUCGACGCCAACAACGCCAACGGCCAAACGACGGCUACUCAGCAGCCUGUCCAACCGGCGCCUCCGACGACGCAAUUACAAGUGCACAUUCUGCCCCAAGUUGACGCCACGCCGCGCAUUCAAGUCCAGCAAUCGAAUGGCAUUUUCUUUACCAAUGCCAACGGCACCGGCCUGCAAUUAUUGCCGACCAGAUUACCGAACGGUGAUAUCGCCCUGAUACUUCCAGCGGGAGCGAAGUCGGCGCCAAUUACAUCGUCGCCGUCUUCAUCCCCGGCGCCAAGCUCACCGUUACCAACUUUGAUUCCGAUUCCUCAAAGAACCGCUAGUACCGCAUCCGCGUCGUCAACGAGUUCGUCCACCAGCUCGACCUCCACAUCGGCGGGAAGUCCAGUGGCGUUCGAGGCACCCCCGGCGUCGUUCCGCGAGCAAUCCACCGCCUUCAGUCCGGGCAACAGCCACAGAGACGUCGCGACGUCCCCGGCGAACGGCUACACUAGCGAACCGGAAUUCGAUUCGCGUGUCUACAGCCCCCCUCCCCAGAAACCUCUCGCGUUGGUGAUGAGGAAGAGCGUGGUACCGCAAACUGAAGGUAAACCGUGGAGACCGUGGUAAAAGGAACAAAUGCGACAUGUGCGUGAUUGAAGUGAUAUAAACUGACACGUGUCGAUGGUAAUCCGCGGCCAAUCGACCGCGGCUGAAAACGCGCCAAUUCGACGUGCCGAUUUACGGGACGCGUAAAGAAUUUCGCGGAAUGCAAACAUGUUCCUCAAUUACGUUAGAUCGUUGUAGACGCGCGUGGUCCCGUUCAUAAGAUAUCACCGUGAAAUUAGAGAAUCGUUGAGAGACGCGAGUUUGUCCAUUCGAGUGCACGUGCACGGUCGGCCAGUAGCCAAUGAGGCAGUGCCUUAUUAAAUAGUGCCUUGUAAAUAGAUCGUUAAAUUUCAACGCGGAAAAUGAGCGUCGAAAUAUCGCGUCAAUCAUUUUUGUCUCUAUCUUGCAUCUUCCAUCCUUCUCCCCUGUCGGUUCUUUCUGUAUAUAAGUUAUAUUAUAUUUUAAGUGCCUUACGCAACAAGAAUCACCGAGGUCUUCCAUUCUGUUUCUUGUACGUAAAACGCUAAGCGACUUGUAGUAUAUCGUUGUAAGCACGAAGAAGUGUUUUUAGUCGGUACGAUUUUAGGUUUAAGAUUAAGUUAAGAAGUCUCGAGUGCGAGUAUGUCCGUGAGUAUGUAAUGCGAAAAUGUACAUAUGAGAAAUAAACGCGAAAGAGAACACGUUAUUUAUAUUUAUACGAAUGCAAAAGAAGUUACAUUUAUAAUUCCUCUCUUAUGAGAAUAGACAACCGACGCUUAUCAUUGCAAGAGCAUCAAAUAAAUGUUGAUCUCUUUCUCAAUACAA